AUGUUAACCCUUCCCACCCACCCACAACCACCCUAUCCCAAACUCGAAUCCCUCACUUACAUAGAUAUCGGCAAGCUCUCUCAGUCCGAGCUCCAGGCCCUCUCUCUCUGCUCCGACUCCGCGUUCGACCUUCGCGGCACCGAUGACGUCGUCAUUCCCCAAAUCAACCGCUCCAUUUUCAACGAGUCUGCCGGCAGCCGCAAACAGACCUACUCUCGCCUCCGAUCGUCCUCCGCCGCUGGCCACCCCCCCCCCCCCCUCCCCGGCCUCCUUCCUUCCCCCAGACCACCGCCCUCCAUUGACCCCGAAAACAAAUUCAUCAUCAAUUCCCUCAAACAACUGAUCGGCGAAGAACCCAUUUCGAAUUCUCAACGAAAUGAUCGUGAAAUUGUUCAUGUAAAUUCAGAUAGACAUGUGGUAUCAAAUACUCAGGUACUACCAAUUGUGCAACACUCAGGUGUUCUUGUGAAGAAGAGAAAGAGGGACCGAAAAUCGAAGGGAAAUAUGCUUUUGGAAAAUGGGGUUCGAAUAGAAUUAGAUAUAGUGAAUAAAAAUGGUGUGGCGGUUGAUCUUGAGGCGUUGGCGAAUUCUGAUGAUUUAUACGGUGCGGAAUUGAGAAAGAGAACCAUGGGGUUGAAUAAUGAAGCGGAGGUUUUAGGGUUUCUGAGUGGUUUGGAGGGACAGUGGGGUAGUAGGAGGAAAAAGAGGAGAAUUGUUGAUGCAAGUGAGUUUGGUGAUGCUUUGCCAAUUAGUUGGAAGCUUUUGCUUGGCCUGAAAAGGCGGGAAGGCCGAGUCUCGGUUUAUUGCCGUAGAUAUAUAAGCCCUACAGGACAACAAUUUGUGUCCUGCAAGGAGGUUUCUGCUUUCUUGCAGUCCCAUUUUGGAUUAAAUGAUGCAAGUCAGCCAACGGAUCUGAUGGCCACUAGCAUUCACCAGGCCCACAAAGUGGCUUCCCACAGUCAGCAUGCAGGUUUUAUCCAUAAUGAUGAUGACAUAAGGCAUGACAUGAUUUCAAAUUCGACUUUAGCUAGUUCAUCUUUAUCUGGUGCACAUGAGAAUGAAGUUAGCUUGGUGGAGAUUGGCAAUCUGGCUGAAGUUCAAGUGCGGGACAUUUUUGAUUGUUACAAAUGCAAUCUGACUUUUGAUGAAAAGAACGAUUAUUUGCAGCAUCUGAUGUCAUAUCACCAGAAGACUACUAGGAGAUAUAGACUUGGUAAGUCUGUUGGGGAUGGUGUGAUAAUCAAAGAUGGGAAAUAUGAAUGCCAGUUCUGCCACAAAGUAUUUCAAGAAAGACGUAGUUACAAUGGUCAUGUAGGAAUCCACGUGAGGAAUUAUGUCAGAGGUUCUGAAGAAUUGCUUGCUCCGGUCACUGCUCAGAAGAGCAGCGAGGAUGGGUUGCCUUCAAGGAUCUCUAAAAUGGAUGCUUUGAUUGAAAUUGCCCAGAAUUCAAUUUUAGAAACUUCAAGUCCUGGACCUACUGAUAAACCUAAUAGUGGUUCCUCUCUUACUAAACUGAAUGUGGAACAAAUGUCUGCUGCCCAUACUGACGAUGAAGUGAACUUGGGUUCUGGUCAUAGUGAGAUGGAAUUGGAAGAUUGCAUUGCUAACAGAGCUCUGGAUCAAGAGCUAAACCAGUAUGAUAGCAAAUAUGCUAUAACAGAUGGAGAAGUGAUGAAGUUUGGUGACACUUGGGACUUUGAAAAUGUAAAUGUUGGUUGCACUAACAAUUUGGACCAUCCCAAGCUUGAUGAAGAAGAAAAUUGUGGAAAUAUUCAGGUAGAGACUGGUUUUGAGAACAGACAUGUUAAACCAAAUCAUAAUGUCAUAGAAGAUAGAGUAGGGCAAACGAUAGAAGAGAACAUUCUUCAGAACGGGGUUGCUGACGUUUCAGUGCCCCAUGUGCAAUCAUCAAUCUGCUUUCCUGCAUUUAAUGCAGUAUCAAAUAAGGGAGAAAAUGAAUAUGGCACGAGUCAGAAGCUUGACAACAUAACAGGGUUUGAGGAGUUGAAGUUGGAUGAAAUAGAACCCUUCCAGUAUAGCUUUGUGAAUGAGCAAGAACCACAUUCUUUGCCAGAGGUGUCCAUGGAUUUGGCGAAUGAUGCAGGGAUAGAAGAGGGAUUCAAUUCCUCUGUUAGGUUUGAAUCUGAGGCAGUCAUGUUUAAUAUGGAUGAUAGACAUCAGGUUACAACAUUGUGCGUGUGGUGUAGAACAGAGUUCAAUCAUGAGGCUAUUGAUUCAGAAGCUCAGUCGGAUUCCAUUGGUUUUAUGUGUCCUACUUGCAAGGCUAAAAUCUCUGGACACUUGAACUGUGGUUUGUCCAUGAAUGCUCAUAGUUUCUGAUCAAGGUUCUGUUUCAAUUUUGUUCUUGCAGGCUGAAGCGUCUCAGAUUGUG